AUGAAGUGGCAGCGAUCGUUAGCCCUCUCUCUCUCCAUAGCCAGUGUUGCAUUAACUCUCGAUUAUCAUUCAUUUCCUUCCUCAACUCUUACUCAACAGAAACAAAAAGCAAGCAGAAUUGUGAAGCGAUAUAUGCUAGAUAAGAAUGCGCCGCGACUUCUCUCCCCAUUAUUUGAAUUUCCACGCUUUCUCAAUGCUGGAUAUGAUCUCUACGUCAAACUUACCGCAUUUCUGCCCUGUGCUGAUCAUAUGCAAAAGACUUUCCUUUUGGUAAAUGGAGUACCUGGUUUGUCCGUUGCCGUUUCUUGUGAUGGAUACUGCAUCUGGAAUGAAGGUUUCGGCUACGCCAAUGUCGAACAACUGGUACCAUGUACAAGCGAUACAGUGAUGAGGAUUGCAAGUAUAAGUAAACCACUUACAGCAGCUAUUGCUGCAUGUUUGGUCCAGACAGGGAAACUUCAGCUGGAUGCACCAAUUCAGGACUAUGUACCGGACUUCCCGAAAAAGAAGUUUGGCGGGAAAGAUGUAAUCAUCACAGUUCGCCAACUUUUAAACCAUACGAGUGGUAUCAGACACUACAAAAUGGCGAAAGUUAAGGAGAACCAGUCAGCAGAAUAUCAGAGCGUAGAACUUAGAGAUGAGUCGGAAUUUUUUUCCAAUAUUCAUUACGAUUCUGUGACCGAUGCUCUAGAGAUAUUCAAAUAUGAUGAGUUAGUUGCAGAACCAGGCAGCAAAUUCCGGUAUACAACCUAUGGAUUCACUUUACUCAGUGCAGCAUUAGAAAAGGCAGUCAGGAGUAGCUAUUCGGCCCAAGUAACUAAAUUUUUCGAAAAGUUAGGAAUGAAUCAUUCUUAUCUCGACUUCAACUUACCACUUAUCGCAAAUCGAGCAAGUUACUAUUACCGAGAUCUUAAUCAUAAAUUGAACAAUGUACCAGAAGUAGAUAAUUCAAAUAAAUGGGCUGGUGGUGGAUUGUUAUCAACAGCAAAGGACUUGCUCAUUUUUGCGAAUGCAAUGCUUUACAGUUAUUAUAUAUCCGAGCAUUCGCUGGCUGACGUAGUUGAGAAGAAACCUUUACUUGAUCCAGAAACGAUUAAAACUUUCUGGGAAAGUAAGAUUUCGGACCAGAAGGGGCAUGUAUAUACUCUGGGCUGGUUCAGAAUUGAUGGAACGGAUGAAAAUUAUGGUGGCUUAGAAGAUACUUGGUUAAGAAAAGGUAUAUAUAUGCAUACUGGUGCAGGUGUAGGUGCAUCAUCAGUUCUGCUCAUUAAACCAAAUCAGGGUUGUAGUAAUAAUACUGGAACCUGUGUUGUUAUUCUUACUAACUUACACGAGUGCAGUGAAUUAGUUCGAUUAGCCUUGGAAAUUGCAGAAAUAUUUGAAUCUACUACUCUUGGAGCUGUCUCAUGA